UAUAUAUAUACACUAUUGAGUCUUUCUGAUAACCUAGUUUGCUCUUAUAUAUUGUUCAUAACCUUUUGAAACCGAUAAUUAUCGCUCUUCACACAAAUAGAAAGAGAGAAAGAAACCCUAUCUAGGUUGUUCUCCGCGUCGUUGAAUUUGAAGAGAGAUGGGUGAGAGGAAGGUUUUGAACAAGUAUUACCCACCGGAUUUCGAUCCUGCCAAGCUUCCUCGAGGAAAAAAGACCAAACAAAUCCCUGUUCGUCAUAUGCUUUCGAUGACCAUUCGAUGCAACACUUGCGGUAAUUUUAUGUACAAAGGUACCAAGUUAAACUCCAGAAAAGAAGUUGUCGAAGGCGAGACAUAUCUUGGAAUUCAAAUUUUCAGAUUCUAUGGCAAAUGCACCUGCUGCUCAGCUGAAUAUACCAUGAAGACUGAUCCGCGGAAUUCAGAUUACGUCGUUGAGUUUGGUGCAACGAGAAAUUUUGAACCUUGGCGCGCAGAGGAUAAGGAAAGCGACGAAAGGAAAAAGAAGAGGGAAGCCGAAGAAAUUGGAGAUGCAAUGAAAUCGUUAGAGAAUAAAACCCUAGAUUCUAAAAGAGAGAUGGAUAUCCUUGCUGCACUGGAUGAGAUGAAGUCAAUGAAGUCUAGGCAUGCAACUGUUAGUGUUGAUAAAAUGCUUGCUGCCUUGCAACGUAAGGCAGCAGACAAGGAGAAAAGGCUGGUAGAAGAAGAUGAAGCACUGAUAAAAUCAAUUUUCUCGAAUAAUUCUGAAGUUUCUAUCAGCAGAAUUCGUGACAGACAUGGUGAAACAUCCAAUAAUAAUCUGAAGAGGCGAAAAAUUUCCAAAGAUCUUUCAGAAAAAGCCGCUGGUACUCUGACAAAAGCCGGUUUGGAUGAUUCUGACAAACAAGGAAAAUUGAUCGGCGGUCGUCAAAAGCCUAAUCCUUUGGCGAUGAUUUCUGUUGUCAAGAAACCAGAGACCUCUAAUGUCAAACGUUCUACAAAUACUAAUGGUGCACUGUUAUCUUUGUGCCUAAGCUAUGGAAGUAGUGAUGAGGAUUAGUUGUCAUAAAUAUUUGGAAUUUCAAUAGUUGCUUCCAAUGUAGAAAUAUGGGGAGAGGCAAGGAUACAGUUUUUUGGACUGAUGAAUGGGUUGGUGCAGUCACCUUAAAAAGGGGGUUUGACCUGAUUUAUUCCCUGUCAUUAUGUAAGGAAGCUAGAGUCUCAUAUGUGAGGAGGAAAGUUGAAAAUACUUGGGUGUGGGAUCUGCACUGGUCUAGAGCGCUAUAUAGUUGGGAUGGAGACAUGUUGAACACAAUGUUGGAGGAGUUAGAGGAAGUUAAUGUUAGGGAAGGUAGUUUCCGAUAAAAAAACUUUCGAAUAAAAUUAUUCCGUCGAAGGUGUUUGUGUUUGUAUGGCAGGUAAUGCAAAAUCGUAUUCCAUCCGAGGACAAUCUAUGUAGAAGAGGAAUUAUAGGUAGGGAGGAGUUACAUUGCAUAGGAGGAUGUGGAGAGAUAGACUUCCAACCACUUAUUUUUUGCUUGCCCGACUGUCUCAAAAGUCUGGUUCAGAAUUGCGCAAUGGCUUGGUGUACAGGUGGUGUUUCACAAUAUGAGUACCAUCCACUUUAUUACAUUUACAGGGCUGGUUCCCAUAACAAAAGAUGCAGUUCAGGGACUGGAAGCCAUCUGGUUCGCGAGUAUGUGGAACAUUUCGAAGGCGAGAAAUGCAAGGAUUUUUCAUCAUAAGGAUUGAGAUGAUGAAUCGAUUAUGGACAGUGUCAAGCUUUUAUCGUGGAGUUGGCAGAGAUUAGAGUCGUCAAAGUUUAAGUAUGAUUUGAAAGUGCUGGUUGAACCCUCUAGCAUGCUUAGAGGUAUCAGGGGAUGUUUGUUCUCGCUAAAUAUGUGCUUUGUUGGAAGCGGUUUUGGUUCAGGGGGGUGGCUGCCUGCAAUGUUUUUGCCAUCUGUUUGCAGUGAUUCAAUCGCUGCGUUCUGCUAUUUCUGGUCUGUGUUGAGGGGUUGUGGAGGGGACUGUUGCGGGGAUUAUAAUGCUAUGCUGCGUUUUGUUAUUAUCGGUCUGUGUUGAGGAAAUUUGGAGGGGGCCGUAAUGUAUCAGAUGGAUUCUUGGGUGACUAGUGUAUGCAUUUAGCAGUGUUUUUGCUGUUUGGUGGUUUGUUUUGGUGUGUCGUGUUCUGGUCGUAUCUCACAAUUCUAGUCCUUUAGACGGGUGUGAAGGAUUUCAUGUUAUUCUUUGUGGCUCCUGUGUGUAUUUGUGACUAGGAGCGAGAUCCCAGGGCGGCAUGUCUGAUUUAAUUGCCUCUACAUUACAUUCUGCUGCUGUGUUUUUCAGUCCUAUCAGCGCUUUAUCAGGCUGUGUUGAAUUAUAUUGGACUGGGAGUUGUAUUUGGCAUAUCUUAUGCCAAUUUUGCUCUUCUAUAAUAAUAUUCUUUUGUUGCCAAAAAAAUAGUUGUAAUCAUAAUAUGUAAAUUAU